AUGGCCGCUACUAUAAGCGGGAACGUGAACGCACUAAAGAAAAUUUUUGAAAAUUAUAACAGCACAGGGUCGAGCCCAUCUAGUAGCAUCCGAAGCAGGGAGGUAAAUGGAGUCUCCCACGCAACCACGCGUAACUCUGACUCAGACUACAAUGCCGUGAAGAAACCAAGUCAAACACCGUCGAAAACACCUGUAAAUGGUACUUUGCAUGAGCAAUCUUGUGCAAGUGGUCUUCCUGGUUAUAAUGGGACGACUCCUAAUGAUCGACGUUUUUCAGUUGAUCGGAAUUCUGUCGAUAGAUCAUCUUCGAAAUCUACACCUCCAAAGACCAAGCCAAAGCCUGUUAUAUUUCGCCAUUCGCAACCUGUCAUCCCAAACAAUGCGAAAGCUGUUUCAAAUAGUCCUAGGGUGGAUGCUAAAAACGAGAAGCCUUUACCCGCAGACCCGUCAUCGCUAAGAAAUAUGACGGCGUGUGAAUCAUCAGUCCUCACAAAUACUCCAUCAGGACCUAACAUCCCGUCAGGCAAAGGUUCAAACGAAACCCACGCCCCCUCGAAUCUUGAUAAUGUGGUAGGAAAAUUGCCGACAUCCCCUCUUAAUGGUGAUGACAAUGCGGCUGUUUCUAAGACGCCUCCCACCACAUCCGUCCACAAUUCCUCAAAGAAACCUCCCCCCGUUUCGAAAAAACCAAGGUCAGUUUUGAGCGGCUAUAGUAACGGGAACACUCAUACACAUUACAAGUAUGAUGAGGAACUUGAGAAACACUUUGGUCUUGUUGUUGAUCAGUCUUCUUACGAUAGCACAGAGCGUUGGGCUGCGUACCAGGCUGAGAAUCGAUUGGAGCUCAUGCAAAGUAGGUCUAGAAAACAGGGAAAUGAUUCAUUGCCCAAUAUGCUGCCUAAUGGACUAAUCGGAGCCCCUCCACGUGCACCUUCAAUUACCAGCAGCACUGGACAGUCUAGUUCGAACUUAACAAACUCAAGCAUUCGUUCUAUUUUGAAAAAAGGUCGUCCGUCUCUGGGAAUUCAAACCAAAAAACGGCUUACGUUUAAAGAUGGUGAUGAGCUGACUACAAAAUAUGACUACCCAUCAGAAGAUAGCUUUAAUGAUUUAGACAGUCUUGAUCGGUAUCGAUCAGCUUUUGAUUCUGACUCUGACUCCUCGUCAACAUUUGAUGAAUCCCAGGACUUUGAAUAUGACAACUCUGGUUCAGUUAGCACUCUCCGCUCGCAGGAUGGAAGAAUCAAUGUCUCCAAAUUAAUGCCUGUCGCGUCCAAUUCGUCCACUGUUUCUUCUAGCACCCUACGAGGAUCCGUGAGUAAUCAGCGCAAGAAACAUGAAAACAGCUCUCAUAAUGACCAUCAUCAUAGUAAAUGGUCAUCCCCAUCUUCUCACAAACCAACUGCAUUGAACUCAUCCAGAGGUGACAGUAAGUCGAAAAACUUAUCUAACCCUAGCGUAUCUUUUGUUAGAAUAAACGCAGUGGAACUGCUUCUACGUAGAAAUUCGCUUUUCUUGUGUACCGUAAGAAAGCCACAAAUCAACAUAUUGCCUGCACUUGGUCACCUUUAUGACGAUGUAAAGUAA